GACGUGCCGCAACUGUGCGAAGCACGUACUGUAGUGUGUAGACGCCCCUACGCCGAGGAUAUGGUUGUAAAAGCACUACGAUCGACACAGUGCCACGCAUACGGUGUUUCAUGGUUUUCAAUUCCAUUGCUAUCUAGGUCUAAGAUCGAUACCGGCAACAUGUCUCAAGCUCACCCUCAAUACCUCCUCCCCCGAGACUUCGAAGGAUUCGGCCUUGCGAGCCGUGACUGCCAAUGGCCCAAUGGUGCCCGCAUAGCCGUCUCCUUCGUCCUAAACUACGAAGAAGGCGGCGAGCGCUCCAUACUCGAAGGUGACGCGCAUUCCGAACCUUACCUCUGGGAGAAAGGCUCCUCAGGUGGGCACAAAGAAGGCUCCCGCUACCUGAAUGCGGAGCAGGACUUUGAGUAUGGCAGCCGCGUCGGCGUUUGGAGGCUUAUGAGGCUCUUCAGCGAGUUUGGGUGGAAGAUCACGAUUUACGCUGUUGCAAGAGCGAUGCAGUUGAACCCGGAGUUCGGGAAGUACUGCGUUCAGCAGGCUGGGCAUGAAAUUGCCAACCACGGACUCAGGUGGCUGGACUUCUGGCACUAUGACCUUGAAGCGGACAGGAAGUAUGUCAAGGACUCGUGUAAUCUGCUCAAGGAAGUCACCGGUGAAUUUCCGGUAGGCGUCUACUUCGGCCGCUCAACCGUGAACACGCCGGGUAUGCUGCCGGAGAUCUACAAGGAGAUGCAUAAGGAGCAACGUACGCCGAAGUUGCUGUAUUCGAGCGAGUGCUACAAUGACGACGUGCCAUAUUGGGUCGACCUGCCGUAUGAGCAAGAUCUUCCUGAGAAGGAGAGGGAGGGAAUGCUGCUCGUGCCGUAUUCGUACGACACGAAUGAUGGCAAGUUCCACAUGGCGCCUGGUUUUAUGAGUUCGGCGGGUCAGAGCUACGAGGAGUACCUUAAGAGUACAUUCGAUAUGCUGUAUAGGGAGGGCGGCAAGAUGAUGAACAUUCCUCUACACAGCCGCAUUACUGGUAAGGCUGGCCGAUGCGAGGCGCUGAGACGGUUCUGCGAGUACAUCAGCAAGAAGGAGGGUGUGUGGGUGACGACGAGGCGAGAUAUUGCUUUGCACUAUCGUGAGAAGUUCCCGUACAAGCCGGGCAGUCGUAGUGGUGGGAAGUAGUCAAGGUGAAAUGUAAUCAACAGUGUCUUGCCGAGCCCAUGUGAAUUUGUACAGAGGGCGAGUGCCCAUUCUACGCUCAAGAUACAGCGCCUUCCGCCGUGAGUCUGACUUGUUAAAGAGCAGUCGAGCGAAGUGGAGCGUCCAGCCUGGUCGAGACGUCUCUACAUCGUUCUAUGACUCCUUGGGACCUGGCUUGCUUUGUACCAUGCCCAAUCCACUGUAACCUUGGCUGCUGAUACCGGU